AUGGAAGUAAUGAUACAGAAAGCUGCUUUAUCCUAUCGAAUUGCGAGGAUUAUGUUUAUAAUGUUUACAUGCAGUAUCUCUGGAUAUACAGUGACUACACUUUUCGGCCCCGUGGACGACGUUCAAGUGUCAAAUCCCACUGAGAAGAAAUUUUUGUUAAGAAUGGAAUUUCCUUUCGAAGCGACAGUUUCACCGCUGUACGAAAUUAUUGUAACGAUACAGAUUAUCGGUCAGUCGAUAUUUUCCUUGAUGGCGGGAAUGUCCAUGGCUCUCAUCGCGACGUUUGUACUCCACAUAGCCAGUCAGAUCGACAUGGUCUGUGAAAGAUUAAGGGAUAUUUUUAACCAUAACAACGAACUACAAUUACGUGUUAGAAUCAUAAAAAAUAUCAUAGCCAAGCACCAAAGAAUUAUAAAUUUAUCUGCAAAUGUUGAGACUGUUUUCACCAUUAUAUCAUUGUUACAGUUCUUUUUUAACAUUUUAGUUCUCUGUUUCGUGAGCUUUAUUCUCGUGACAUCAAUAAACAAUGGCCAAGCAACUGCUGCGAUAGCAAAAUGUUUCCCUUACUAUAUAGUUGUCAAUCUGGAGGCACUCAUUCUUUGUUACACUGGUGAAUACCUUUCUACGAAAAGUGAGAACAUUGGUUGUAUUGCAUACAAUUCUGAUUGGUAUGAAUUGACUAUUUAUGAAAUUCGUGCUAUUUUCUUGUUAAUAUUACGUUCUCAAAAGCCUCUAACUCUUACAAUUGGGAAAUUCAUGAAUCUCUCUUUAGAAACAUUUGCUGAUAUGUUGAAAGCUUCUGCCUCAUAUGUCUCGGUAUUAUACGCAAUGGACUGA